AUGACCAGCGAUCUGCAGAUGCGUUCCCCGCUAUCUAGAGCGCGUGUAGUUCACGAAGAGUGGAUGCAGGUCACAGAUUCACUCCGCCGUAUAGGCAAUGAGCUCAACCAGGUGGUCAACGACUCAGUGAACGAAUCUAGAGCACACAAAACUCGAGCCAUUGAAUGGGAAGCCAGACAUCGCGAUGUUGUCACAGAGAACAAUGCAUUCAGAGCCAGUAAUGAGGAACUGAAGCGCCUGCUCGAGCUCGGCGAACCUGAUGCAGGGAGCGCGAUUGAGGGUAGAGAUGCCGCAUAUCGUAAAUUGCGACAUGUGCGGCGUGUCAUGCGCGAACUCUUAGAGGACUUGACGCCGGAUUCUGGAAAUAGUCCGAAUGAAAGCUCUUCCCUGCUAUUACAGGCAGAGCCACGAGACAGGGUGCAAGACAGGGAGCUUGGUGCCUCCCCGUCCCCUUCCGUUCAAAGUCGUAGAAACGAUGUGUCCUCUAGCAGCUCUGGUUCUGGUAGCACUGCCCGCCCGAGAUCUACGGGAAAAGGUCGCAGCUCGCCCGGAAUGAUACCAACUUCACCAUCAGCUUCGACAUCACGUUCUCGUGCAUCAAGGACAGGACAAACAUCAUCUGAAUACAACAGCUCAGGGUCGGACCCUUCUGUGGACCUGUCUGUACAUGCUGCGAGAAACUCUUCUGGGGGAGAUGAUAAUGAUGUUUGGAGGCUGACCUCAUCUCGCAGCCCCCGGAGUGCGGAAGUCAUUUGUCUUGUUGACAUGCAGUGGCUUCGGGAACGGCUGAACCUCGAUGAAGAUACGAUAUACUCCCUUGAAAGUCUGGGACAGGCGGAUGGGCAUUGUUUCCACAUGCAAAUUGUGGACAAUAUGGCAUUCGUCUAUGACCCGUUCUCGAUGGAUGGACCAGGCGAGUCGCUCUUGAUGGACUGGGGCACCCCAGACGCCAACGAGACUGUGCGUGGGUACGUUGUCAAGAAACGCCCGAGAGAUCGUAUUCUCCACACAUUCACCUUUCCUGUGAAAAGGGGAGUUUGGUAUUAUAUUGGUGCGCACGCAUGGAAUGUGAAAGACCUUUUCGAAGUUUGGCCUACACUGAAUGAUAAAGCCAAGGAAACCGUUACUGCAAAACUGCGGAGACGUUGCAACCGCAGGCACUCCCAGCAAGAUAUUACUGAGAUGAUCCAAGAUGGACGGCUGCAACAAUUCUGUGUUGAAGUGAGCAGUCGGUCAUUGAAGGCUCUCAGCCGAGAAUUUGCGAAGACACGUUUAGGUUAUGAAGGAGGGAAUAUCGCCCAAUGA